UGCGCGCGAAAUCUCCCGCGGGACUUAAGCCUCUUCGACGAGAUUUCUAUAGCGCUGAAAAAUCAGUAUCUCGCGAGAACUUGAAGAGGAACCGUGAGAAUGAAAGUGGGUGCCCGCUAAUCCCGGAAGUCAGACUGUUCUUUCAGGUCAGUGGAGGCUUUUUGUUGCCGUUUCGCGUACACCUCUUGUUUGAAAGCUCUCAGCGGGACAAUGCUCACCCAGCUGAAAGCAAAAUCAGAGGGGAAGCUUGCAAAACAGAUUUGCAAAGUUGUGUUGGAUCAUUUUGAAAAACAGUAUUCCAAAGAACUCGGAGAUGCCUGGAAUACAGUAAGGGAGAUACUGACAUCUCCAUGGUGCUGGCAAUAUGCUGUCCUGCUUAACCGAUUCAGUUAUCCUUUUGAACUGGAAAAGGAUUUACAUUUGAAGGGUUAUCACACACUCUUUCAGGGAUCUUUACCCAACUAUCCUAAAUCAAUGAAGUGCUACCUUAGCAGAACUCCGGGCCGAAUCCCUUCAGAAAGACACCAAAUUGGAAACCUGAAAAAAUAUUAUCUCCUAAAUGCUGCUUCCCUUCUCCCAGUAUUGGCUCUGGAAUUAAGGGAUGGGGAGAAGGUUCUGGAUCUGUGUGCUGCUCCUGGAGGCAAAUCAAUAGCUCUGCUGCAGUGUGCUUGUCCAGGUUAUCUUCAUUGUAAUGAAUAUGAUAGUCUGAGAUUGAAGUGGCUGAGGCAGACGUUAGAAUCUUUCAUCCCACAGCCUUUGAUAAAUGUAAUUAAAGUGUCUGAAUUGGAUGGCAGAGAAAUGGGAGACGCCCAGCCUGAAAUGUUUGACAAGGUGUUAGUGGAUGCUCCGUGUUCAAAUGAUCGAAGCUGGUUGUUUUCUUCUGACUCUCAGAAGGCAUCCUGUAGGAUAAGUCAAAGGAGGAAUUUGCCUCUUCUACAGAUAGAGCUCUUAAGGUCUGCAAUUAAGGCCUUACGUCCUGGAGGGAUACUUGUAUACUCUACAUGCACACUUUCUAAGGCAGAAAAUCAAGAUGUGAUCAGUGAAAUUUUAAACUCCCACAGUAACAUCAUGCCUAUGGACAUUAAAGGAAUAGCAAGGACUUGCUCCCACAACUUCACAUUUGCUCCCACUGGCCAGGAAUGUGGGCUCUUAGUGAUUCCAGAUAAGGGCAAAGCCUGGGGCCCAAUGUAUGUAGCCAAAUUGAAGAAAUCGUGGAGCACAGGAAAAUGGUGACAUGAAUUUGUAAACCGUGUUUAUGUGUCAUUAUAUUUAUUUUUCUGACCUCAGUACAUUUAAAUAAAUAUUUAAAUAAUUAUGCAGUAACUUUCUCUGGGUCUGUUUGGAAUCCUUUUUAGUUAAUACUUUAGCGUCUUAGAAUCUUGGCUUGAGAAUCGUUCAGGUGUAUUUUUUUCCUAGAAAUAUAUCUGCAGCAAUGAUUUAAGGUGGUGCAGAUGGUGUUUGUUCUAUAUAAUAAAUCUGCUGUCUUCGCUUGGCAUUUUAUAGUUAAAUUAAUCAGAAUAUGUGGUUUUAUGCAUGACAUGUUUAGAUCUGUAUUCUCUCUACGAUAGUUCUUUGAACCUUCAAAAAUGCACACUUGCCAGCGCUCUGACCAUUUUCCCCCGUAUCAAAUGUACAGAUUUGUUCAAGGUCCCCCCCCCCCCCACUUUUGUAACUGAUUGUCUCAGAACUGAUUGGUAUUCUGAGACUAACUUUUUAAGCAGCACUAUUUCUAAUUCUAGCAAAAUAGGUUUUUUAUUUGCAAAGUUGUUUUCUGUUAAAGACUAUCUUAUGUUUACUGCAAAGGUCAGUGACUCUAUUGACACCAGCUUUAUUUCCCCCACUUUUUUUGCAUUCGCAAAUACAAAUUGAAAGGGUAAAUUAUGUUGAAAGGCCUUUAAAACAGCAGAUUCACAUGCACAUGUUUGACUUUCGACAUUCAGCUUAUAGAAUUAUGGAGUCUAUCCAGCAGGCUAUAAAGCAAGUGCUUGAGACAAAACCAGAAUGAUUAAUAACUGCAAUAACUGAGCUAUAUUUGGAGGCUUUUGUUACAUAAUUGCAGUCAUAAUGAGCACUACAGAAUCUGAUUAUCUUACAUUCACAAUCUGGAAGGGCUUUUUAUUUCACUUUGUUAUAAAAUGUUCUAUGAGAAUAUGAUGUCACAUAUUAAUGCAUAAGAGGGAGAUGCCUAAUGAGAGUGGAUUAUGUGAUUACCAGAACCCAUUGCCAUUUACUAAGUGGCUCUCUAUGUUUACAUAAAUCCUGGGAAUACUGUAUACAUUUCUUUCUAUGUACUUAGGGUUUUAGCUUUGGUUAGAAUCACACGUUUUCUCCAGAAAUUACUUCACUUAGAGUCCAAACAUAUUUUUCCAACUAUUAAGAAAAAUUAUGCAGCACAUCUCAAAAGAUAGCAUCUCUUUGGAAACUGGUCUUUUUUUAAAAAGAAUAAAAAAAAAAAAAACUUCAUCUGAUUAUAGAAAUACAAAAUUCUGCUAAAGCUGAAUACUUUUGAAUUGUUCAUUACAUUCUGUGCAUUUAAACUAGAGACUAUUUGCUUAUUAAUAUUUUUUGUUUUGCAAGCAUAUGUAACCGAGUUCAUAUCAUCAGAAAGUCUCAGGAAGAAUUUUUUUUUCUGUACCUUAAAUGUGUUAAUCAUUUGUUUUUCUUUAUCCAACUGAUAUGUUUAAAGUAAAGCUAAAGGCCAGGCACGGUUGCGUACACCUGUAAUCCGAGCACUUUGUCAGGCCUAGGCAGGGGGAUCUCCUGAGGUCAGAAGUUCGAGACUAGCCUGCCCAACAUGGUAAAACCCCGACUCUACUAAAAAUACAAAAAAAUUAGCCAGGAAUGGUGGCUAAUUACAGGCGGGCACCUGUAAUCUCAGCUACUUAGGAGGCCGAGGCAGGAGAAUCACUUGAACCCAGGAGGCAGAGGUUGCAGUGAGCCAAGAUCUCACCAUUGCACUCCAGCCUGGGCGACAAGAGUGAAACUCUGUAGCAAAUAAUAAUAAUAAUAAUUAAAUAGAAAUAAAGUAAAGCUAGAACCCUUGAACAAGCAUAUUGGGGAAAUACAGAAGGGCAAUGAUGGUGGAAAUGAUGUUUUCUUUUUUAAGUUGUCAUUAUUUGUUUUUUUAUCUUCAGACACGAUAGGUUUUAAAAAUAGGUUUCUUUUGUGUAGGUUAAUCACAGAGUAAAUCUGCACACUGUACUUUGUUGGAUGUCAUUAUUUUCCCAGUAUACCCAGUAUAAUGCGAUGAAGCUUAAUCUGAAUACUUGGUGUGCUAUUGAAUUAUACCUUCCUGUGAUUACUGAAAAAUGCAUGCGUCUAUGUUUGUGUGUGUAUAUAUAUAAUUUUGUUACUUAAAGCAAUUGCACCAAAACCAAAAAUUGACAAGUGGGAUCUAAUUAAACUAAAGAGCUUCUAUACAGCAAAAGAAACUAUCAACAGAGUAACAGACAACUUACAGGAUGGGAGAAAUAUUUGCAAAUUAUGCAUCUGCCAACGGUCUAAUAUCCAGAAUCUAUAAGGAACUUAAAUCAGCAAGCAAAAAACAAAUAACCUUAUUAAAAACUGAGCAAAGGACAUGAACAGACAUUUCUCAAAAGAAGACAUCCAAAUGGCCAACAAACAUUUGAAAAAGUGCUCUUCAUCACUAAUCAUCAGAGAAAUGCAAAUCAAAACACACUGAGAUAAUAUUUUACGCCAGUCAGAAUGGCUAUUAUUAAAAAGUCAAUAAAAUAAAAAAAAAUAACAGAUGCUGGUGAGGCUGUGGAGAAAAGAACCUGCUUAUACAGUGUUGGUGGAAAUGUAAAUUACUUCAGCCUCUAUGGAAAGCAGUUUGGAGAUUUCUCAAAGAACUUAAAACAGAAUUGACAUUUGACCGAGCAAUCCCAUUAGUGAGUGUAUACCCACAGGAAAAUAAAUUGUCCUACCAAAAAAAGAUAUAUACGCUUGUGUGUUCAUCACAGUAAUAUUCACAAUAGCAAAGAUAUGGAAUCACCCUAACUGCCCAUCAACAGUGAAUUGAAUAAAGGAAAUGUGGUACAUAUACCCCAUGUAAUAUUACACAGUGAUAAAAAAGAAUGAAAUCAUGUCUUCUGCAACAACAUGGAUGCAGCUGGAUGCUUUUAUCCUAAGCAAAUUCAGGAACAGAAAACUAAAUAUUAAUACAUGUUCUCACUUAUAAAUGGGAGCUAAACAUCGAGUAUACAUGGACAUAAAGAAGGGAACAGUAGACACUGGUGAUGCUAGAGUGGGGAGGGAAGGAGGGAGGUGUGGGCUGAAAAACUACCUAUUGGGUACUGCACUCCCUACCUGGGUGACAGGAUCAUCUGUACCCCAAACCUCAGCAUCAUCCAUUAUACCCAUGUAACAUGCCUGCCUGUUCAUGUAUCCCCUGAAUCUAAAAAGUUGAAAUUAUUUUUUUAAAUGACAAGAUAAAAAACCAUAAUAAUUAUAAUGAAAUAGAUAACAUUUACUGAGCAUUCUAUAAAUUGUUUAUAUAUGUUGUCUUUUUUUUUUUUUUUUUUUGAGGCAGAGUCUCACUCUGUCACACAGGCUGGAUGGAGGGCAGUGGUGUGAUCUCAGCUCACUGCAACCUCUGUCUCCCAGGUUCAAGCAAUUUUCUGCCUCAGCCUCCCAAGUAGCUGAGAUUGCAGGCACCCGCCACCACGCCUGGCUAAUUUUUUUUGUACUUUUAGUAGAGAUGGGGUUUCACCAUGUUGGCCAGGUUGGUCUUGAACUCCUGACCUUGUGAUCCACCUACCUUGGCCUCCCAAAGUGCUGGGAUUACAGGCAUGAGCCACUACGCCCUCUGUAUAUGUUGUCUUUAUUGAUGUUUAAAACAAACUCAGGAAUAAAUAUUAUAACCCCCUUUUGUGAAUGAGAAAACCAAAGCUCAGCUCUGUUUGCAGUUUGCCAACGCUACACUGGUAAGUAAAGGGUACAGCCAAUAGACUGUAUAGAUAUAUGAAGACAGACUGUAUAGAUAUAUGAAGUGGGGUGGGGGCCAAGGAGCUAUUACUGCUGUUUGGAAAUACUUGCCUCUCGUAGAUCCAGCUUUCACGUUUUUCUGACAUCCUAGUAAUAGCAGACCCUGCACAAAGUGGUUAUCAGAGUUAAUACUGUGAAGAGACAAAAUGAUUAGAAUAGUUUUACCAAAGAUAAUGAAAUCUUGCAUAAUGUCUGCAUUUUUCCAUUGAUUGGAAUGCAUCCUUAGAAAACUGAAUGUAACAAAAACCCAGGACAUUUUUGGAAAUUGUAUGCUCUCUAGGAACUUUGUGUGAAUUUUUAUACAAACACUGUUUUCUGAGUUAUAUAAAAUGUU